AUGCUACCAAGAGUUCGUUUCAAACCCAUACGACGCAGAAUAAACUCUUCCGUUCUCAUCCACCAAUCGAAAUACUCAUCAAUCCCGAUUCUGGAAGAUCGAAAGACCCAAUCCCCAUUGCAGGAACACGACUUUCACAGCCAUCUACGUGAUAUAUGCUCGCGAGAAUGCAAGAUAAUUCAGUCCCGCCAAGUGAUCGACAAAAUGCCCGAAAGACUCAAGCUUUCCCUAAAAACAGCCAAAACAGUCCACUCCCAGAGCUUAAGACUUGGCCUUUCAGCGGAUGGCAACCUGGAGAACUCCAUAUUAGAUUUGUAUGCAAAAUGCGGGAACGUGCGUUACGCGGGAAUAGUAUUCUCACACCUCCAGGUAAGGGAUGAAUCGGCUUGGAAUUCAAUUAUGAAUAUGAAUUCACGUAAAGGGUCAUUUAAAGAUGUUGUGGAUUAUUUUCUCUCUAUGCGGUGUUCUGGGGUGGUAGGCGAUCAGUUCAGUUUUGCGAUGGUUUUGUCAGCUUGUGCUAAGCUGAUGAAUUUAGAGCUUGGGGAGCAAUUGCAUUGUGUUGCUAUGAAAAUGGGCCUUGAAGCUGGUAAUUAUUGCCAGGGUGCAUUGAUUGAUAUGUAUGUGAAAUGUGGUUGUCUGGAGUUUGCUACGAGAAUAUUUGAUGGAGCAGUGGACCCAGAUAGAGUUUCUUGGACUGCAAUGAUUUCUGGCUUCUCUCAUGCUGGUUUGACCACAAAGGCGAUCGAGAUAUUCGAGCAGAUGCAGGAGUUGGGACAUAUUCCGGACAAUGUAUUAUCUGUAACCAUAUUAAGCGCUUGCGUAGGGCAAGGCAGGCUUGAGGAUGCUUGCCGCCUGUUUUCCCAAAUGCCUGAACCGAGUAGUAUUGCAUGGAACGUAAUGAUUUCAGGGCACGUGAAAGGUGGCUUUGAAGAAAAAGCUAUUGAUUUUUUCAAGAAUAUGGUCAAGUCCGGGAUUGAACCAACACGUUCCACACUAGGAAGUGUGUUUUGUGCGAUUGCAGCUGUGGCCAAUCAUAAGUACGGUCUGCAGGUCCAUUCUUGGGCCAUUAAGAAAGGGCUCGACACAAAUGUGUAUGCUGGGAGCUCUUUACUGAACAUGUAUGCCAAAUGUCAGAGGAUGGAGGCUGCAAAAGCAGUCUUUGAUGGAUUAGAAGAGCAAAAUGAUGUUUUGUGGAAUGCAUUGCUCGGAGGUUACUCUCAGAAUGGGCAUGCUCGUGAGGUUUUGGAGUUAUUUGUGAAUAUGAAGGUCAUGGGAUUUCAACCUGACGAAUAUACUUAUACCAGUGUACUCAGUGCUUGUGCUUGCUUAGAGAAUAUUGAUAUCGGCCGACAGGUACACACAAUUAUAAUCAAGAAUGAGAUUGGUGCAAACUUGUUUGUGCAAAAUUCAUUAGUGGACAUGUAUGCCAAAUGUGGGGCUUUAUUCAACGCAAGGAAACUAUUCGAGCGAAUAAAAAAUCGGGAUAAUGUGUCUUGGAAUGCUAUCAUUGUUGGUUACGUGCAGGAAGAUGACGAAAAAAAAGCUUUCUUAAUGUUCCGCAGAAUGAUGAUCGAGGGUAAUAUUGCACCUGAUGAGGUGUCCUUAGCCAGCAUACUCGGUGCUACAGCAAAUUUGCAAGAUCUUUGUAAAGGUAGGCAAGUGCACUGUUUUCUGGUCAAAUACGGCCUUGAGAAUGGCCGUUAUGCUGGAAGCUCACUCAUUGACAUGUACUGCAAGUGCGGACUGGUUGAAAAUGCAACUUUGGUUUUCUCUCACUUGCCUGAAAAAAGUGUAGUUGGGAUGAAUGCUUUGAUUUCUGGUCAUGCUCAGUUGAGUCUACAUGUGGCAGUAAAUAUAUUUAAGAAUAUGAGUUGUUACGGGCUGAAACCUUCGGAAGUCACUUUUGCCACCCUUCUGGAGGCGUGUUCUGGUGAUCCCAAUCUAAAUUUUGGAAGGCAGAUACACUGUUCUAUUGUGAAACUUGGCCUUCCCUAUGGUGACGAGUUUUUAGCAGUCUCUCUCUUGGGAAUGUACAUGAGCGCUCAAAGAAAUAACGAUGCAAUUAAUCUAUUUUCGGAGCUCCCUCAUCCGAAAAGCACCGUACUAUGGACUGUCUUGAUAUCAGGAAAUGCUCAAAAUGACUGUGGUGAAGAGGCUUUACUUUGGUACCAAGAAAUGCGUGCCCACAAUGCCCUUCCGGACCAAGCCACGUUCGCCAGCAUCCUUAGAGCGUGCUCGAGUUUAGCAUCUUUGCAAGACGGUAGUAAAAUCCACUCUUUGGUGUUCCGUAUUGGUUACGACAAAGACGAGUUGACCGGAAGCGCCCUUCUUGAUAUGUAUGCCAAAUGUGGUGAUAUGGAAAGCUCAUCACAAGUCUUUAGGGAGAUGAUUAGCCGGAAAGACGUUAUUUCUUGGAACUCGAUGAUUGUUGGGUACGCCAAAAACGGCUAUGCCGAGAGAGCUCUAGAAAUCUUUGAUGAGAUGAGGCGUUCGGAAGUGAAGCCUGAUGAGGUCACUUUUCUUGGUGUUCUGACUGCAUGCAGUCAUGCUGGAAAAGUAUCCGAAGGUCGAGUAUUUUACGAGGAAAUGAUUGCUCGUUAUGGGAUUCAGCCACGAGUGGACCACUGUGCAUGCAUGGUCGAUCUCUUUGGGCGCUGGGGAUUUCUUGGGGAGGCGGAGAGGUUUAUUAACAAUAUGGGCUUUCAGCCUGAUUCGAUGAUAUGGGCCACGUACCUUAGCUCGUGCAGAUUGCAUGGGGAUGAUGUAAGAGGGAGACACGCAGCUGAAAAGCUAAUUGAGUUGGAUCCGCAGAAUUCGUCUCCUUAUGUGUUGCUUUCCAGUAUACAUGCGGCGUCGGGCAACUGGGACGGUGUUAAUCGUGUGAGGGAAAAGAUGAUAGAAAAAAGAGUUAAGAAGUUUGCCGGAAGUAGUAAGAUUUCGAGGAUGUAG